AACACAACUGCCAGCAGCAGCUGUGUAUUUUCCAUCCAUAUUUAUCUUGUUCGUGUAAUUUAGUGGACACAUUUUGAUCUCUCUUGUCCGAAUUCUCCCGGCGUGGGAGAAGAGACGGGGCCAUGACGGAGAAACAAAAGGGUCGUCCGCAGCUGCUUAGCGACUGCAAGAUAUGUGUCGCCCGAUGUAACAAUCUUGAAGAGGAUGCUGUGAUGCAGUUGGAUAUUUUGAUCUCAGAACAUGGCGGUGAAGCAGUCAUACACGAGGAACCAGCACCUUUCCCACCAGUCGAGCAGUUCACUCAUAUCAUCUCGCUGACUGCCGAUUUCCCUGCAUACCAAUCCGCAUGCGACGCCAUGAUCCCCGUGGUUAAGCCUCAGUGGUUACAAGCCUCUAUUGCAAAAGGCAAACUGGCGAACCCCCGCCAGUUCAGCCCUGACCCAAGGCUAUUUUUCAGCGAUGUCGUCGUGACUUGUGGCGAUAUUCCAGACGGUGAUAAAGACGCGAUCAUAGGUGGAGUGAUAGCAAUGGGUGGUUUAUACUCGCCUCGCCUGACUUUUCAAGUAACCCACCUUGUCGAUCUUAGUAUGGAGUCUGAUAAGGCGAAACUCGUUGUCUCCAAGAACCUAGGUGCUAAAAUAGUGUUGCCUCACUGGUUCGAUGAUUGCUUGAAACUUGGAAGGAGGAUUGAUGAGCGUCCUUAUACUCUGCCUAAUCCUGAAAUCUUGAAUGCCGGACCAGAUAUUCCUGUUCGUACUUUUGGCAACGCGGCCAUUGUCGGAGCGUCUACGCCAGAGCCCACUGCCCUACCUACUCCGAGUCGUUCGCCAAACCACCACCGUAGCUUGAGCGUUUUGGAAGGCAAGCACAUCAUGCUCUCUUCAGAUCUUGGAAUUGGAAAGCAUCUGCUAGAUUCUAUUGAAGACCUUAUCAAGCAAGGAAAUGGUACAGUCACCAAGGACUUGGGAAAAGCAGAUAUGUUCAUUUGUCGAUACCGUGAAGGCUUCGAGUAUCGCACAGCCUCGCGAUGGAACAAGGAUGUCGGCAAUUUGUCUUGGCUCUUUUAUCUCAUUACACACAACAAAUGGACAUCGCCUCUUCGACGCUUGCUCCAUUACCCUGUUCAUCGUGACGGUGUCCCCGGAUUCCAAGGGUUCCGUAUCAGUUUGUCCAACUAUGUCGGUGAAGCACGAGCAUAUCUCGAAAACCUGAUCCAAGCUGCUGGUGCUGAAUGUACAAAGACGCUCAAAACAGACAACACUCAUCUCAUCACAGCUCAUGAUAAGAGCGAGAAAUGUGCAGCGGCCAAAGAAUGGGGCUUACAAGUCGUUAACCACCUCUGGCUUGAGGAAAGUUAUGCAAAGUGGAAAAUGUUACCGGUCUCCGAUCCACGAUACACCCGUUUCCCCCCGCGUACAAACCUAGGGGAGGUUGUCGGUCAGACUGAGCUCGACAAAGCCGUUCUCGAACGCAACUUUUUUCCCGCAGACAGCAGUGUUGAUCAGAGUAGAGUCAUGCAGCAAAAGGAUCAAAAUAUAGCUGCAAAUACUGAGGUCAUCAAGACAAUUUCACCUCAGGGACAAACGAAGUCUGUCACAAAGUCAUCGCCUGCUCCGUCGAAAACAACUGCAACCACUACACCCCACACAAGCAGGUCAUCCUGCAAGACAUCAAAUACGGCAGACGCAAAGACGCCGAUCAUUUCUCGGUUCCUAGCAGACGAAAAAGAAAAUGUUACACCCUCGACGACAAGUAGCCGAAAAUCUAAAGAGGCUGCUGCUGCGCGUAUACAUGAUAUUGCUCCUGAUAUUGCACUUUACGAGAAAGAAAAGAAACGAGUUGGUGGUGUUGUCUACGGAGGACGGCGCAAGACAGACCCAGAUCUCAUUGUUCCUGCAAACAACAAGAAAAGGCGAUCCGCAGAGCCCGAAGAAGAGGAUGAUGCCGAGGAGGAAAAGGAAACGAAGCGACAGAAGAAGGUUAAGCCUCCUGUGGCCAUGCAUCUUAUGAUAACUGGAUUUCAAAGAUGGGUUGGCAAUCUGAAACAGGAGGACACAGACAAGCGACACCUUCGCAAUCUGGGAAUUGCCAUCACUCAAGACGCAAAGAAAUGUACACAUCUUGCUGCGCCAUCCAUUCUCCGUACACCAAAGUUUGUCAGCGCCCUUGCCUAUGCCCCUGUUGUUGUGCAUAUUGAUUACGUCACUGAAUGCCUUGCGAAAGAUGAGCUACUUGACCCUUCCGAUUUUGCCUUGGUUGAUAAAAUUACCGAGAAGAAGGUAGGCUUCAACUUGGCGGCAACCCUUGAGAGAGCAAAAACCAACAAGAACAAACUUCUUCGCGACUAUCGAAUCUGCUGUGUCGAGACCAUUCGUGGUGGCUUUGAUGCAUUCAAGUCAAUUGCCGAGGCGAAUGGUGGUGAAUGUACAUUGUUCCGGGGACGUGUCUCCAUGAAUGACCAUCGUCGUCGAGACCCGGACUCGGAAUCAGAUGAAGAAGAAGACCACCUGAUGAAAAAUGAUGUAUUCCUUGUGAGUGGUGAGGAGCCAGAACACGUCAAAGUUUGGCCCCGAUUUCGUCAAAUGGUUCUUGAGGCUGGGAAAACACCACGCAUCGUCAAUGUCAACUGGCUGUUGGAUAUUGCCAUGUCUCAGGAAAUUGGUUGGAAGGAUGAAUAUGAAUACAAAACGGAUGUGGCUUUCUGAAAACGAUCUGUCUUGGUUAGAGAGGGAGUAACGGGGGGCGCGUACAUAGUACAUAGCGAGAGGAUUAAUGGCUUUAUGCUUGUUGAUAAUCGGUGCGCUGGUUUGGUUCUCGGCGUUAGACUUCACCAACCUGAUAUGAUUUGUUUGGAUGCACCUUUUUUUUUUUUUUUUUUUUUUUUUUGCAGUGUCACUAGCGUGGGAUAUCAUUGCAUCGAUCAAUGUGUUUGAUUGGACUUCAGAAGAAUUU